AAUUGCAGUAAGACGUGACGUGACCAAAGUGACAGAUGUCAAAGUUUCAAAAUAAAACAACGUUUAUUCCAGUCCAGAAACUUUUUAUUUAUUUAUUUUAAAAUAAGCGUUUUUUUUUAACGAAAUAUAUCAGUUAUGGAGUCCAAAUUGCAAGUUAGAGAUAUUAAUAAAAAACGUGAGGAUUACUUAGAUUGGGCUGAAUAUUUUAUGGCUACCGCUUUUCUGGCCGCCAAAAGGAGUAAGGACCCUUGUUCCCAAGUUGGGGCUUGCCUGGUGAAUGAAAACAAUGUUAUUGUCGGAAUCGGUUAUAAUGGAAUGCCCAAGGGAUGCCACGAUGAUGAAUUCCCUUGGGAUAAGCAUUCCAAUAACAAAUUAGAUAAUAAAUUUUUAUAUGUGUGCCAUGCAGAAGUAAAUGCAAUACUCAACAAAAACUCAGUUGAUUUAAAAAACUGUACAUUGUAUGUAGGACUAUUCCCGUGUAAUGAAUGUGCCAAAGUAAUAAUUCAAUCUGGAGUAAAAGAAAUCGUCUAUAUGUCUGAUAAACAUGCGAAAAAAUUGUCCACAAUUGCCUCUAAAAGGAUGUUGGACUCUGCAGGGGUGAAUUACAGGCAAUUUAUUCCAAAAAAUAGACAAAUACUCAUAGAUUUUGACGAAAUCAAUUGGAAUGACCAAAGCCAACUGCCCAGCCCCCAAAAAGACUUGUCUAUUAAGGUACAAAAUUUGAAUAUAUCCAAUAGGCAGGAGACUAAUGAUUCUGAACUAAAUCAGGAUUUUACUGGACAUAAUUCUACUGUGGCAGAAUCUUAGCAGGUUUUCAACGAGGGAUAUUACUUAAAAUAGAUUUGUGAGUGUAUUUUAAUAAUUGAGUGAUAUUUUUGUAUAAAGCUGCUGUUCGAUAAUAUUAGUGGAAUAUGUGCUUAUUGGGGUGCAAUAAAAGUGCAUUUGGAUUUAUAUUGUAGCUCAUAAUGAGUAAAUAUAUGAAGGAUUAUAGAAAA